UUCAGUUGUUUCUUUGCUACUUGGUUACUACUAAACUUAAUUUUAUUGAUUAGUUUUAAUAACAUUAAUUUAGAGUUUACGUUAUAAAUGGCAAAGUAGGUGAUAAGUCUUGUGAAUUCAAUUCAAAGGAAUACUGAUUUGCUCAAAAUGGAUGCAGACGUCGAUUCAGUGUCUGAUGCUACAGCUGAAGAGCUGCCUGUGCUGGACCUCCAAACCGACCCUCGAGUACUAUGGCUGAAGAAACGAGUCCUCUCAUACAUUGGCAUGGACGAUGACGAGUUGUUCUACAAUAUGAUGGACACACCCGAAGCUAAAGAGAAGCUAACUACGUUCCUCACUCAGCCGCUGAAGCCUAACGAACAAUCGUUGGACAAAAGAACAUUUUAUGUCACAAAGAUAAUUGUCGACAAACUUAUUCAUGAGGACAUAGAAUUUACGGAAUGGAGAAUCAUCCCCCCUCCUGUACCACCACCGCCUCCACCUAAAAAGAAGAAGAAGAAAGGAAAAGAACCACCCCCUCCAGAGCCAGAAGAAGAACUAUCAAAGAAAAGCGCUAAAAGCAUGAAGAGUAUGAAAAGUAUGAAGAGCAUGAAAAGCAUGAAAAGUAUGAAAAGUGUCAAAGACAUGGAACCUGAAGUGGAAGAAGAAUUCGACAUUGAAACUGCGGCGGGAACGAUAACAGAGGAAGAGGAAGUUGACCCUAAAAGUACAUAUGAGUUGGAACACGUCGAGGAAGAAGAGAAACCUCGUAUCACAGAGGAGAAGUAUUCAUUUCCGCCUCCUCCUGAGGAUCUGGAUCCUGAUGUCGACGGGACUUUGGAAUUCUAUACUGUUAUUCGCUCCAUACCCCGUAUAAUCCAGUACCCAAAACUGAUACCGGUAUUCGGGGGGUUCACACCUCAGAACACCCAUCGCAACCGUCGCUACAUAUACUUUCUGAGGCAGACGCAAGACGGAAUACCACUGCUGGAGAAUGAUGAGAUCACUCAGCUGAUGAUGUCCAAGUUUAUACUCAUCGGGUCCACCACUGGGAAAGUGUUGAUGAGCUUGGGAAUGCGACUUAAAGAGUCGUUUAUACCACUAUUUGAGAAUCAAUUCCGGGAGGUAACGGCUAGGGAGCCGGAUUCCAGCCAGUCUGUGCUGUCCAGGCAAAUAUCAUUUGCCGGGAAACACCACAAAAUGGACGAGACUGCUUCUCAAGUCAACUAUCUUCGGCCGUCUGACUACCGCCGGAUGUCAAAUAUAGCAAGAGGGGAAAAUGCCGAAAAAAGAAUUAAAAAUAUGCGCUCUGACUCUGCGACGGAAAUGCGGAAAUCACCAAAGAGACCGACGUCUGCGUUUGAAUCGGAAUUUGCCAUGGCGCCUGAUAGUGCUGUAGUGAAAACGGAUGAACAAAAAUCCACAGCAGAGGAAGUCACCACUGACAUCAAAGAACUUGUUUCCAUCGUUGAUUGGACAAUAGAACACAUAGAAGGUGAAAUCCAGCUGCCCAUGCCGAAUAUGGAUUCGUUUAUGGAGGAACAACCUGGCCACGUGGGUUUCGCUGACCCAGAGGUCACGGCUCAGCUUGAGGAGGCGGUCGCUAUGUGGCAGACGCACAUCGAUGGCAUCCUCACGCAACAGAUGGGAAAGACGCGAGAAGGCGAAGGUCCUGUUGCCGAAUACAAGUACUGGCGUGAAAGAGACGCCGAAAUAUCGCUACUGGUGGAACAGCUAAAGCAACCCAUGGUCGUCAAAAUACUAUCAAUGCUGCAAAAAACCGGCUCGCCCGCUUUGGAUGAGUUUAGGAGUUAUAAAGAGGUGCUUGUAGAGCAAUACAAUUUGGCUGGGGACAACCUGAAGUUCCUCUCGACCUUGAUGAGAUUUUUUACUGUAAUCGAAGAUGACUCGCCUCUCCAGCAAGUGAUAGACAUGCUGCCAGAACUGGUGGAAAGCAUCUACAUGAUGUGGGUCUUAUCUAAGGGCUACCGCACCGAUGAGACGAUGGUGCCGCUUCUAUCGAGGAUCUCGUGGGCUCUUUGUGACAAGCUUGAGCGGUUCCUGAAUGUGCAUAAGUUGUUUGACAAGCCAAACGAAGAAGUGCUAACCCUAGCUCGAGCCGGUCAGAAAAUAAUGGAGAUGUGGCAUAUACUUUACAAGGAGACCCGCCGGAACAUCGAACUCAGUGGAAAAGGUGCCCGCUGGGAAUUCGACCAGCCGCUACUGUUCACUCGUACCGACUACAUAGGGACUGUUGCUAGAGACUUGGGAGAUGUCGUUCAGGUCCUAAUAGACUUCGAGCGCAUUUUCGGUCUCGAACUUAAAUCGAUCAUCAGCGAUCCAACGCAGAUCGAUGACGUGCGCAAACGCGUCAAGAACCUCGUGUAUCCCAUACGCACCAUAGACUUCAGCGUCUUUGUGUUCGACAAUAAAGAAAACUGGGACGUCAUUAUGGGAGACUUUUGGAGCGAAGUGCGCUAUUUGGAGGAGGAAGCGAAGAAUUAUAUUAACCAAAGCUUCGGCAACUUAAGGUCGUCAGAAGAAGCUUUGACAGUGUUGCUCAAGUUUCUGGAGUUUGACACUCGCGAGUCCAUACGUCGGCAGCUGUCAACCAAGUUUGACCUCGUCAUGCGCCAGUUUAUCAAGGAGAUCACUGCUAUCGAAGACAAGUUUACACGAUUUCGUAAAAACCCACCUCUACUUCGGAACCACCCACCGGUCGCUGGCGCCAUCUAUUGGGCUCGAGCUUUGUUCAACAAGAUGAAACAACCUAUCAUGAGGUUCCAGAAGGUCCCAGAACUGAACGAAUGUGAACAGAAGAAAGAAGCGUUCAUCCAAUACAAGGCUUUCUCCAAACUCAUCAAGGAGUACGAAGACAACAAAUACAAGGAAUGGGUGCAGACCGCGUCUGAAUUCGUAGAUAACAUGAUGAAGAGGAACAUUUUGAAGGUCAUGUUCAAAAAGGAGGAUGAGCCGCCACCCAGCGGCGGCCGGGGCAUGCAAGUAACGGCAGCGGGGAGAGCGCACAUGGCCAAGAAAAAGGCGUCGCUGGCUUCGCUGCAUCCCGCCGAUAUUAGGCCAGAGUCGUAA